UUUCAGCAGUUAAUCUAAUCCUACUAUAAUCAUCAGACGUACACAGUGGUAUAUGACUAUGACUACUUUACAUUUUUUGAUUAUUCUUCAUAUUUUGAUUGAAUUUUUUUUUCACCAUGAUGAUUUUUAUUAAUCGAUUUGACUUAUAAUCGAUUAUUUAUAUUGAUUAAGAAACGUUCUCUUCCCUGUGUGUAUAUAUGGAUGAAUUGAUUAGAAUUUAACACCCAAUUUUUUCCUGACUAUUUGUGUGUGUGUGUGUGUAUUGUGUGUAUGUCAAACAAGUUGUUAUCAAGGAAAAAAAAUUUGCUUUUAUUUGGUUCAAACAAACACAAAGCGAUCUCAACACAAAGAGAUUUCAAAAUAUAUGAAAUUUAAAAAAAAAAUCCUAAUCGUUCAAUGAUGAGUUUGAUUACAAAACAACAACAACAACAAAAGCUUAAUAACAAUAGAAAUAUUGAUGAUGAUGAUAAUGAUGAUGGCUCAACACAAACAUCAACUACAGUGCAACGAAAGAGAAAUUCCAUUAAAUUAUCAUCAACAUCUCAACAAUUAAAUCAACGUUUACAGGUCGGCGUCGUUAGUAACGUCCCGACAUUAUCAACAUCUGAAACGACGACGACGACUAAACAACGACAUCGACAUUUACAACAAACAAAUCUGGACGAAGAUUUUAAUCGUAAUCCAGAUAUAAACGAAUUAUCAUCACAAGAAUCGAUUGAAACUACUGAUCGUAGUCCUAUGAUUAUGUCUGAUGAAAUGGAAUCACCAAAAACAUCAUCACCUGGCCAGGAUGGUCUUGCCAUUGUAAAUCGACGUCAUUAUGAUCGUGUCUAUUAUUUUAGUCAAAUAUUGGCUCUUUUCAUAUUUAUUCUGGUAUUAGUAUGGUUUGUUGAACAUGUCGGUGGUAUUGGUUUUUCAAAACCGGCACAGACAUUUAAUUUUCAUCCAAUAUUCAUGGUACUUGGUUUUAUCAUCAUCUACAGUAAUGCCAUGUUAAUCUAUCGAUCAUUUCGUAUGGAAUUGAAACAUAAACUUAAAUUAUUCCAUACAUUAUUGAAUGGAUCGGUAAUGAUUAUAUCAUUGUUUGGAUCAAUGGCAGCCAUCUAUUUUCAUCAGAAAGCAAAUAUAACACAUUUUUAUUCACUGCAUUCAUGGAUGGGCAUAUCAACAUGGUUAUUAUUUGUAUCACAAUUUUGUGCCGGUUUUGUUGCAUUCCUAUUUCCUGGUGCAUCAUUUUCUCUUCGAAAAAUGAUGAUGCCAUAUCAUCGUUUUAUUGGUAUUGCAACAUUUGCAUUAGCAUCGGCUACAUGUUUGACUGGAUUGAAUGAAAAAGCUAUAUUUGCUCCAUCAUAUAGUUCGAUGGCAUGGAAUGGCAUAUUGACCAAUAUGAUCGGCCUAUUACUAUGUGUAUAUGGUGCAUUGAUCAUUUAUUUGGUUACAAAACCAGAAUAUCAACGACGACCAUUACCUGAAGAGAUGGCAGGACCAAAUCGUAGAUCUUCAAUUGCCUAUGCAUCCUCCUAAAAUUGACUAAUGAUCCAUUCAUAAACGAAAACCUUUUUUCUCUUUGUCCUCAUCCUCAUCAAUUAUCACCUCUGAUGAAUUACCUACUACCUUUGAAAAAAAAAGAAUUCCAAUUCGCAUUAAAAAUCAAAGACAAAGAAAAAAAGAAAAAAUGAACAAAACCAAUUAUAAAUCAAGAAUCUCUGUAUGUGUGGAUUCUAUUGGUCCUUGAUGUUUGUAAACCACACACACACCCACCCACACACAUCUCAUUUAAUAUGACUCACAUUUUUUUGUUUGUUUGUUUGUUUCCAAUUCAUUCAUUCAUUCAUUUGUAUGUGGACACCAAAAUUUAUUCAA